GGCGUCCGCUCCACAGAGUCACCUUGUCCCGGCUCCUGCUGCAUCUGUUCCGGAGACAGAGCAGAGAACCGUCCUGCUCAAAGGCACACAGGCAGCGGGAAUCUAACCUCCGAGCCACCUGGAGCAAGCAUGGCGGAGACAAAGCCGAAGACUUCUCCGAAGGCCGUCAAGUUCCUGUUCGGGGGCCUGGCCGGGAUGGGUGCCACAGUGUUCGUCCAGCCGUUGGAUCUGGUGAAGAACCGGAUGCAGCUCAGUGGUCAGGGAACGAAGGCCCGAGAAUAUAAAACCAGUUUCCACGCUCUGUUCUCCAUCCUGAAGAACGAGGGAGUGACGGGCAUCUACACCGGUCUGUCGGCUGGUUUGUUGCGUCAGGCGACGUACACCACGACUCGUCUGGGAAUCUACACCAUCCUGUUUGAGAAGAUGACGGGGGCCGACGGGCGGCCGCCCAACUUCCUCCUCAAGGCGCUCAUCGGUAUGACAGCUGGAGCCACUGGAGCAUUUGUCGGGACGCCAGCAGAGGUCGCUCUGAUCCGGAUGACAGCUGACGGCCGUCUACCUCCAGACCAGAGGAGGGGCUAUAGCAACGUUUUCAAUGCUCUCGCUCGAAUCACCAGAGAAGAAGGCAUCGCCACGCUGUGGAGGGGGUGUGUUCCCACCAUGGCCCGGGCGGUGGUGGUGAACGCAGCUCAGCUGGCGUCGUACUCUCAGUCCAAACAGGCGCUGCUCGACUCAGGGUAUUUCGGGGACAAUAUUUUGUGUCACUUCUGUGCCAGUAUGAUCAGCGGCCUCAUCACCACAGCAGCCUCCAUGCCCGUGGACAUCGUGAAGACCAGGAUUCAGAACAUGAGGAUGAUCGACGGGAAACCGGAAUACAAGAACAGUUUGGAGGUGCUGGCGCGCGUGGUGGGCAGGGAGGGGUUCUUCUCUCUGUGGAAAGGUUUCACUCCGUACUACGCUCGACUCGGGCCGCACACCGUCCUCACCUUCAUCUUCCUGGAGCAGAUGAACCGCCUCUACAAGACCCACGUCCUCGACCGCUGACGCACAACACACACACAACAAAGACCCACAAACAAAAACACACAGACAUGUCACCUCCUCAUACCUCAAACGUGGAGUUAGAAUUUACACUUAUACACACACAAACACACACAGACACACACAGACUUGUCACCUCUUCAUACCUCAAACGUGAAGUUAGAAUUUACACACACACAAACACACACACACACACUCUCUCUCUCUUUUAAAUUGAAAUUCUUUUUGUAAAGAAAAGAAUGUAAACUGAAUUUAGCUCACACAUCGUUUCGUGAUGUUUAAUAAAAUUAGCGACGAGUCUUAUUUGAAGAAUCGUGACCCCCCCCCUCCCCCCCUAACAAUACACCGCAUCAUGAUCAUAACCAUGGUUACAGGUCUAGUGAAGGAGGAUCCAUAAAUAAAUAAACUGUCUCUUUGUCUUUGUGAAUAAAACGUUGAUGUUCUCUUGAGUUCA